AUGGAAACUCGUUUUCGUAGCCCCGGUGUGCCCAGAAAGACGGUUUGCGUCGAGGAAACCGCAGCAACAUUAGCAAAAAAAUCGAAAAGGUCCAAAUCGAGCGAAACCACACCUCGGAUGCAGGAUUCUCUCCUAAGGCUUGAAAAAAGGGACAAAGAAAACAUGGAGGAUCCAAUAGCCGAUUUGAAUAAGCGCUGGUCCAUUAUAGCUAAAACUCAAGAAUCGAUGUCUAAGCAGGAAAUUCUCAACAGUUAUCGGCUGCUGAUGAACGACCACCUAAGGCUUGAACGUUUUUUGUCAAUAGUUACGAAGGAUAACGAAAUGGUAUGUAAUUAA